AACCCCAAAACAGAAAAUCCGCAUAAUAUUCCCUUGGCAUCUUCUCCCAGACUUCACUAUAUAUAGCCCUCUCCAAAUUUAUCUCAUGUAAACCCAAUUCUUCACUAUAUAAUUCUUCUCCUUCUAAUUCACAAAAUAAUCAAAGCUCCGUUUCCUACAAUGGCGGACAUAGUUGUGGUUUUCGACUUCGACAAGACGAUUAUCGACGUGGACAGCGAUAAUUGGGUCGUCGACGAGUUAGGCUUCUCCGACUCCUUCAAUCGCCUUCUUCCCACCAUGCCCUGGAAUUCUCUCAUGGAUACGCUGAUGUCGGAGCUUCACGCUAAUGGUAAAACGGUCCGAGACAUUGAGCAAGUUCUCCAGCGUGUUCCCAUUCAUCCCCGGGUUGUCCCGGCUAUUAAAGCCGCUCAUGCUUUAGGGUGUGAUUUAAGGAUAGUGAGUGAUGCUAACGUUUUCUUCAUCGAAACAAUCGUCGAACAUCUCGGAAUUAGGGAAUGUUUUUCGGAGAUUAACACGAAUCCAGGCUAUGUUGACGAGGAAGGCCGACUGAGAAUCUUCCCUUUCCAUGAUUUCCAUUCUUCUCCACAUGAUUGCAACCGUUGCCCUCCCAACAUGUGCAAGGGUAAGAUUAUAGAAAGGAUUAAGGCUGAUUUGGCUAAGGAAGGGAAGAAGAGGAUAAUCUACCUUGGUGAUGGGAUUGGUGAUUUCUGCCCAAGCUUGAAGCUGAAAGAGGGAGACUUUAUGAUGCCAAGGAAAGGUUUCCCAGCUUGGGAAUUGAUAAACCAAAACAGAUCUUUAUUAGAAGCAGAGGUCCAUGAAUGGAGUGACGGUGAGGAGCUUGAGAGGCUUCUGCUUCAACUCAUAAACAGGAUCUGCAUUGAAGACAGUCAUUUUGAUCAGCCAUUAGAGGAUUCUAAGUUCCAGGCUAUCUCCAUGCUGUUGCCUAAACCUAUUUCUGUACCUUUCUAGUUGUAGUGUGAUUUUUUUUUGAAGUUCUAUAUGCCAAUUAUUGUCUGUUGACCAUUCAAGAGAAGGAAAAUAAAAGGUGGUUAGCAGCUUUAAUUUCAUCCAAACGGCCCCUAACAGUAUGCCCUCCCGCUCCAAAUCGAUCUUCAUGUUUGUAAUUGAUUUGCUUACUGAAUGAGAAUAAGUGAAUAACGAAGAAGCUUAUAUAUUAUUCAUCCAUAAUGAAAUAAUUUACCAAUAAGUUUGCUUUUGUU